UCUUACCGACAAACGGUUUAGCAAAACCUGCUCAUCUCAAACCAGCCUGUUUACUUCACAUCGUGUCAUAUCUUAUAUCGUAAUUACAGUUUAGUUCAAUUGUUUUUCAACGCGAUUACAAACCAACUGCAGCAAAGAUUUGUGGGAAUUGUAGUUCCACUAUUGUAGCUAUUCACACGUGUUAACGCUGUGGUUGAAUUUGUCCUCGACAUGGCGUUCAGUUUCAACUUCGAUAUUCCUUUGCAAACAGAAGGAACCAAUGGUGAUGAACAUAAAGACGAUAAAGCACAAUAUGCGGAUCCUAUAUGCACGGAAACUGUCCCAAAGAUGAAGGAUGCAAUUGAGCAUGGACAUUCGGCAGAUCCUCUCUCACAACUUGACAACUGGGUGCCUGAAACCAUCACUAUUGGUACUCUGCCUCCUCUCCUCUGUCUCAAUGAAUCAGUGUUUGAGAAGACCGCCCCUGAACGAGAGGACAGUGAGGAGAUACUGGCUAAAACACUCACUCAAAACUCAGACCUAAUCUCUGGAAUUUACGAGGGUGGACUUAAGAUAUGGGAAUGCACUUAUGAUCUUCUUGAGUACAUUGACGAUAAACAAGAAACCUUCUUUGGGAAAAGUGUGUUAGAUUUGGGUUGUGGAGCAGGUCUACUUGGUAUCCUUGCAUUGAAAAGAGGAGCCACCAAAGUUGAUUUCCAGGAUUAUAAUAGCACAGUGAUAGAGCAACUAACAUAUCCAAAUGCAUUUCUCAACUGCGAAGAAGAGAGUGAUGAUGAUGAGACAGGAGGGGAAAAUGGCAGCCCACCAUCCAAGAGGAAAGCCCUGAAUUCACAGAAAUUACUAUUAGAUCAUUGUGGCUUCUUCUCAGGGGACUGGAACUCUUUUCUCACACUUGUGCAAAAGAAAAAUCCUAAACCAAAAUAUGAUAUCAUCUUCACAUCUGAAACCAUAUACAACACAGACUACUACCCUUCUCUUCAUAAUGUGUUUUGCAGCCUGCUUGCUGAAAAUGGGAUUGUUUAUUUGGCAACCAAGUCUCACUAUUUUGGAGUAGGGGGUGGGCUUUAUCGGUUUCAGAAGUUUGUUGAGCAGAAUAAUGUGUUCCAAGUCAAAUGUUUGAAGGAUGUGGAUCAAGGCCUGAAGAGACAUGUUGUAUCAUUGUCAUUUAAAAAGUGAACCA